UUAAAACCUGAAUUGAUUCGAGCUUUGCGUAUGAUGGGAUUUCAGCAACCUUCGAAAAUACAGGAAGCAGCUUUGCCUGUUCUUCUAAGCGAUCCUCCUCAAGAUAUUAUUGCCCAAUCUCAAAGCGGGACAGGCAAAACAGCCACAUUUCUUCUUGCAAUGCUACAAAGACUUAAUCCUUCCCAAAAAGAACCUCAAUGUAUUGUUGUUGCACCAACAUUUGAAUUAGCUCAACAAAUUGGAGAUGUAGCAAAACAGAUGGCUGCCUAUUUGCCUGAUGUGCAGAUACGUUUUGCUGUUAAGGGAGAAUCAGUUCAAAAUAAUGCUACUAAAUUCACCGAACAAUUAAUUAUUGGAACUCCGGGUAAAAUGCUUGACUGGAUAUUACGGAAUUACAUCGACACAUCUCGUAUUAUUGCCUUUGCUUUAGACGAGGCUGAUGUAAUGAUAAGUCAACAAGGAUAUCAAGAUAAAAGUAUACUUAUACACAAUAAUAUAAUAGCAGCCAACCCAAAUUGUCAAUGUAUGCUGUUUAGCGCUACUUUUUCUGACUCUGUUUUUCAAUUUGCUGGAAAAUUGAUUGCUGAUCCUAUUAUAAUUACUAUUCGACGUCAAGAUCAAAGUCUACCCUAUAUCCGGCAAUAUUAUGUGCGUAGCAAAGAUCGUGAAGAUAAAUAUCAAGCGAUUCUUUCACUCUAUUCGGUAUUGACAAUUUCUUCAUGUAUUAUUUUUUGUUAUACUCGUUCCUCAACAAUAUGGUUAGCUGAACGUUUUAAAGAAAAAGGAAGAGAUGUAGCCCUUUUACAUGGAGAAUUAAGUGUGGAUGAGAGAGCCAAAGUUGUUGAAAAAUUUAAAAGGGGAGAUCAAAAAAUUUUGAUUACGACGAAUGUUGCUGCGAGAGGUUUGGACAUUCCACAAGUUUCUCUAGUUAUUAAUUAUGAUCCUCCUGUCACUUAUGAGGAAAUGCCACAGCCUGAUUUUGAUACUUAUUUGCAUAGAAUGGGAAGGACUGGACGUUUUGGAAAGCCAGGAAUAGUUAUUAACUUGGCAGAUUCUGAUAUUGCGAUGAAUUAUGUAUAUCAAUUCCAGGCUCAUUUUGGUCGUGUAAUUCAACCACUCGACGCUAACGAUUACGAUCAGAUGGAACGAAUCGAAGAAAGCACUCGUCAAAUGUGA